GAUUUCUCUAGGUCAUUUCGAGCACUACGGUUUUGCGCAGUUGGUAAUGCGUCCUGGUUCAUUCAGACAUAAAAGCGUAUUACUAGGGUUUGAAAAAUACUGAAUACGUCUGUUGAAUUUUCAGUAUAACGACGUUCUGUUUGUGUAUCUAUCUCAUCCCGUUCUUACCGGAUAAGAAUUCAACUAAGUCAGAUUAGAAUGAGAAUUAUCCUCCCGUAUGGUCUCUUUGUACUCCCAUAUACCCCUUUGGGACUAGUAGUUGUGAUUUUGCGUCUGGUAAUAUUUCUGCACGCGUUCCUAGCUUCAUGGGUGCUAUCUCAGUUCGAAUCCCUUCGAAGAUUCGUGCUGCGCUCUAUGUGCACUGUUCUGGGUUUCGUUGUGUAUAUCGAUUCAGAUCUUCGUACUGAUCGGAACACAUGUAUGCCUUUCGUAUCCAAUUAUGUUACUUUGUUUGACCAUUUGGUACUGUGUCUAUCAGAGGAUUGUGUCACACCGAAUACACAUGUCUUCCAUUGGAAGUCAAUUCCACAUAACAAAGAAAAGACUCGUUCCGUUCCUGAAUUCGUCCUUUGGUGUGCACGAGACAAUCAUCAACCUGUUCAUCUACUUCCUGAAAAAGCACCGUCUGGUUCUUCUGAUUGCCUUUUUAAGUUUGAUCACAAGAUGUUUGGUUCAGUGGAUAAAGUACAACCUGUGGCACUUAAAGUUAAUCGGAUCUUUCCUAUUAAAUUAGUGGUUCAUCCUGUUUUUUGGUUUAUGGAGCUUUUGUGGCAGUUCUUCACUCCUUUUACAUAUUAUCAUGUCAAAUAUUUAACUCCGAUUAGUCGGAUGUCUAAUGAAACAGAUGAGGAUUUCUGUGAAAGGGUUCGUUCUGCUAUUGCUUCCUCCCUCGGAGCUACACUCAGCCCAAUAAAUGCUGAACAUCUGGCAGAUUACACUGGAGCGGAAUCACCCAUUGCUUCGCUUUCUAUCCAUAAUGCGCGAUCUUGUACGACGUCUAGUUUAUCUGCAACGCCACCCAGUUCCCCUCCGUCUAGAAAGCAUUCUACGAGUUCAUCAAGUGAUUCUUUAAUUUCAAACAUACUCGAGUCUGAUGGAGUUCGUCUUCGCCACUGUAUUCGGCCUAGUCAUGAAGCCUCCGAGACCUACUCAUCCUUCACUUUCGAACAUCUGGUACCUCGAAUCAGUGAAAUACUCCGUGACAUACCGGCGUUUCGAAUCCGUGAAGCUCUUGGUAAGGUUUUAUAUCUAGUGUAACACUGCUCUUAGUUAGGUAAGAACUAGAUUUCUGCUUGUAAUCUAAUUUUUAGGCUUUUGAUGUGUAAAGCAACUAUCCAUACGUACACGGUUUGACACUCGUUUUGGUAUAGUUAAACACUAGUAGUAUUUCUUUGAGAUGCUUGUAAGAUAACUGUUAGCAGUGUCCGAUAUGAAAAUCAGAUACGUCCUCACUGAGACCCAGUAACAAUCUGUUCUUUACACAACAUACCAAAUUAUUGGACAAUGGCCUGAAAUUUACUUCUCAAGUGUGGUUACCUGUGGAUAAGUAUUUGAACUCAGUAUAUUGCAUUCUCCACUUAGGCACGCAGAAUUAAUUCAUUUCUACUGCGAAAUUGAGUCAACUUUGGGACAAGGAAAGUGUAUAGGCUCUUUGGAUAUAUCGUAGCUUAGAUACUAAGGUUUCACUGUCAAUCUCAGAAUUUUAAAAGCCUAUCGAAAAAGAUCAUAUCGAGGUUUUAAGGCUAUUACGCAAAUAUUGUAAGUGCCAGAUAUUGUCAUAAUUGUUACAGUCUCGUAGGUUUUUGAGGGAGUUUUAGUCAGUCGUAUUCAAAACUAUUUAGCACUAACAAAAUUAUGCUGAGGAAUACUAGGGAAACCAACCACAGUACUGAUUAUCAUGUCCUGACGAAUAAAAUACUUACUGAACGUAUUUCAUUAUAUGUAGCUGGUGAUUCAUGUUUUUGUUACGAAAGUAAAAUCAUACUGAUGUUAAAGUAGGAACAUAUGAUAGUUUAUCUUGACUUAACGUAAUCUACACCUUUUUAUUGCUGAACGACUUAUUCUAAUGUAGAGGAAAAUCUGUCAUGUCAAUGGAUUUUAAGUUGGUUCAAUAUUUUUGUAUGAUAAAAAUGGGAAGUCAAUGUACGUAACCUUCAUUUUGUAUGUGGUUUUUUGUUUCUACCUUAAAAAUAUCACGUUUUUUUAACCCAAUGUAAAUAUUAUAUCCGCAGUUGAUACAUUUUUGUUUAGUGAAUACUCAAGGUGACGUUGAAUCAGCUAUUGAUUACCUUUUGGAAAAUCCACAUGACUCGGAUGCUCAACGAAACAGUAAUCAGGUCGAUCCCACUAUAUCUGCUAUGUCUCCCAGCAGGUUCACAGUUGCUGCUCCACAGUUUCUACCAAACUCUAGUUCACGUCAAUUGAGCCUUACUGAACGUCGUGAAGCUCUUUUAAACCAUGCGCGUCAGCUGUAUCGUUCCCGUCAGCAAAGAUCCACCUAAUUCAUGAAGUAACAUUCCGCCGUUUAACAGUCCUCUAAAGUUAAUGAACUGUGAUUCUUCCCAUAUACUUUUGACCGCCAACUACUUUCUCGCUAACUCGAAUGUUAAUAAGUCAAAGCCCCAUCUGAUAAAUCCUGAUUACUUU